AUAUCAGAUCAUCCCGUAAUUUUGUUUUUCAGACCGUACUUAUUAAAACCUGCUCUAACACGUUUAAACAAGAUUUUUUUCACGGGUGCCUAAAUACCACAGAGCAAGGAAAGCUUUAGUUACAUAGAUUCUGGCUUGCAGAACGAAAUAAUUUGUUGCUUUUAACAGCCCCUCGUGAAAAUGGAACUCACAGAAGAGCAAAUUAGAUAAGUCAUGUUUUACGAGUAUAAAAAAGGCAACAAUGCUACAAAUUCUGUAAAAAAUGUGCAAGAAUUGUAUGGUGAAGGUGUUUUGAAUAUUCGCAAGUGUCAACGAUGGUUCCAUAAAUUUCGACAAGGGGACUUGGAAGACGUCCGCCGCUCUGGUCGCCCGGUCACUUUUGAUAAUGAUGUACUGAAAGCUGCUACGGGAAGAAAUCCAUGUGCAACUGUUGAAGAGUUAGCAGAAGAGGUUAAUUCAUCGCCAUUUGCAAGAACUUGGAAUCGUGUCUAAGCUUGGCAAAUGGGUUCCACAUCAACAAUAAAAACAAAAACGUGUCAAUAUCUGCACUUCUCUUUAUUCACGAGAGAAAACAAAUCUCGAUUUUUUAAACUAUCCAGUGACCGGCGAUGAAAAGUGGAUAGUUAAGCAGGUAUGUAAGCAGAAAGGUUAAUUUGGCAGGUGCCUCCUUCUUUAAAUAUAUCAGACCUUCGACUGCUGCGACCUCAAAUCACAGCUGACCAUUAUUAUUAAAAAAGAAAAGAGGAAGUUUCACCUUCCCAAGUAGAAAAAUAAGUCUUCUUAUUUGGAAACCUUAGGAAGUGAAGCCAUUAACCUAAAAAAUGGUUUUGUAUUUUUGUGAAGGUGAUUCCAAUCAGGAAGUUCCUCUUUCUAAAAUUGUCAACUUUGCAGUCGGUUUGAUUGUGAGACAUUCAGUUUCCAAGGUUGCAGUUUGUUCGUCACACCAAGUUAACUGGGUUUAAUUUCAAUGUUUGAAGACAUGGAAUAUAAACUGCUUCAGUGUGAGAUAUGCAAACAAGGUUUUUCUGAAAAUGAUGAGCUGUCAAUGCACAAAUGUAGGAAUACUGAUGAAGAAAGUAUUGAGGCAAAAUGUCUUCCUUGUGAUAACUUUCCUAAUGAAACAGAGAUCAUCUGUGGCUUGAAAUCUUGUGAAACAACAAUAAACAACCAUUUGACAGAAGAUAAGGAAGUUGAUGCCACAGAGAAAUCAUUUUGCAUUAUAACUUGUCUGCCAACUUCUCAAAGCAGGACUUUAUCGAAUGUAAAAUCAGAAGAGAAACCAUUUCACUGUGAAAUUUGUGGCAAAACAUUUUCCAGGAAGAAUAUCUUAAUUGAGCAUAAAUGGACUCAUACCAAGAAUAAACCAUACAGUUGUGAAUUUUGUGGUAAAACCUUCUCUCAUAGCAGUGGCUUAUCUCAUCAUCGACUUAUCCAUACUGGCAACAAAACCUACCGCUGUGAAAGUUGUGGUAAAAUAUUUUCACAACGUAAUUACUUGUCUAGACAUGCUCGUACACACACUGGGGAAAAACCACACCACUGUGAGAUCUGUGGUAAAAGUUUCUCUAUUAAAAGUGAUUUAUCUCGCCAUGGACGCAUACACACAGGGGAAAAACCAUAUCAAUGUGAAGUUUGUGGUAAAGCAUUUUCUGUGAGUAGCAGCUUAGUUCAACACAAACGAAUUCAUACUGGUGAGAACCCAUACCACUGUGAAAUUUGUGGUAAGACUUUUACACAAAACAGUGUUUUAGUCCAUCAUAGACGUAUUCACACUGGAGAAAAACCCUACCAAUGUGGAAUUUGUGGGAAAUCGUUCUCUCGCAAUAGUGCCUUAAUUGAACACAAAUGGGUUCACACUGAAGAUAGACCUUACACUUGUGAAAUAUGCGGUAAAACUUUCUCUCGAAAUAGUUAUUUAUCUCGACACACACGAAUUCAUACAGGAGAGAAACCACACCAGUGUGAAACUUGUGGGAAAGCUUUCUCUGAAAAUAAGGAUUUAUCACGUCACAAACGAAUACACACUGGGGAAAAGCCAUUCCAUUGUGAAAUUUGCGGUAAAAUGUUUUCUGUCAAUAGUAGCUUGGUUCAGCAUAAAAGAAUCCAUUCUGGAGAGAGUCCUUAUAAUUGUGAUAUUUGUGGGAAAUCAUUUUCUCAAAACAGUAUACUAAUUCAACAUAAACGUUUACACUCAGGGGAAAACCCGUAUAUUUGUGAUAUUUGUGGGAAAAUAUUCUCUUUGAAUCGUAGUUUAAUACAUCAUAAACGGAUCCAUUCUGGUGAGAAACCAUAUCGAUGUGGGAUUUGUGAUAAGACAUUUGAAAGAGUUGGCACCUUAAAUGAACAUAAAUGGAUCCAUGCCAAGAAGAAAUUCUAUCCCUGUGAAGUGUGUGGGAAAUCGUUUUCUGCCAAUAGUUUUCUAUCACAGCAUAUGCUCAUUCAUACACAAGAGAAUACCUACUCAUGUAACAUCUGUGGUAAAAGCUUUUCUUUGAAUAUAGAAUUAACACUUCAUGCACAGUCACAUGUAUCUGAGAAAUCCUAUGAUUGCAAAAUUUGUGGUGAAAUAUUCUCUGAAAAAAGCAAACUAGUUGAACAUGAUCGAAGUCAUUCUGGAGAGAAACCUUACAAAUGUGGAAUCUGUGGUAAGAUUUAUACUCAGAACCACUCGUUAAUUCUUCACAAACGAAUUCAUUCGAGUGAAAAACGUCACAAGUGUGAAGUUUGUUGCAAGACUUUCUCACGAAAUAGUACUUUAACAGAACAUAAAUGGAUUCACUCUAAUGAUAAACCAUACUCUUGUGAUAUUUGUGGCAAAACAUUUCCUCGUAAUUUUGCUUUAUCUCGACACAAACGUAUUCACUCUGGAGAGAGGAUGCACCAAUGUGACAACUGUGGAAAAAGGUUCUCUGAAAAAGUAGCUUUGUCUCGUCAUACACGAAUACAUACAGGGGAGAAACCGUUCCAGUGUGAAAUUUGUGGCAAAGCAUUUUCAGUUAAUAGCAGCUUAGUUCAGCACAUGAGAGUGCACACAGGAGAGAAUCCUUAUCAAUGUGAAAUUUGUGGCAAAGCAUUUUCCCAAGGUAGUAUCUUAGUUCAGCAUAAAAGGGUUCACACUGGCGAGAAGUUAUACGAAUGUGAAAUCUGCAGUAAAACCUUCUCUCGAAACAGUUCGUUAAUUGAACACAAAUUGAUUCAUUCAAAGGAUAGACUUUAAUCUUGUGAAAUGUGUGAUAAAACAUUUUUUUAUGAAAAAAACUUAUUGAGUCACAAAUGAAUACACAAAGAAGAUGACCAUCACUGUGAUAAGACCUCACACGUUACGAUUACAUUCCAAAGUUCUUGUGAAUUCUAAAUUGAAAGAUACACUCGUUCCUGCCUGAGUAUCUCUGACACUUAACUCAUUACCUCAUCAUUUCCCUAUAUCGUUACAUUGUCAUUACUUUGUAUCAUUGCCUAUAUAAUUACUCAAAUCAUUACCCUACAGCCUAACGAGGCUCCACUUCGUAAACAGUUUGGGAUAUCAUUAACAACUUCCUGUUAUGUAUUUGAUACCAGCCUCGUUAAUCCUCUCAACAAUAACAAUAUUCUACCAACAACAUCUUUGAGUUAAUGAAUUGUUAAGUUGAGACGACAGCAAAGUAUUUAAUCUUAUUUUUUUACAUGUCUUUCAUAACAAAUGCAGUCAGUUAUUGGUUAUGUAUUUCACCAGCAACCUUUGGCUUUUUUGGAAUUUUUUUUUUUUUUUGCAAAACAUUUCUAUUUAUUAAACCAACAUUCCAGUUAUGAGUUUCUUUUUCUUUUUUUAAUCCUCUGUUUUGUUAUAUGCAUCAUCAUCAUCAUUGUUUAAAGUGGACGUUAAA